UUGGACGCACAAGCAGGAUUUGCUUCCCGAAAUGUUCAACCGCACCAGGCACACAACAGUUCUAAGGUUCGAGGAAAAAAUGCACCUCAGUACCUCGAUAAAGGUGUAGUGCUGGGAAAAAAGUAUCGCAUUGAAAAGAUGAUCGGUGGGGGCGGAUUCGGACAAAUCUAUCGAGCUACCGACAUCGUAUUGGCGGCGAAGGUCGAACCACAAUCUGAAGACGCUGGACGGAUGGUUCUCGAGCAGAUGGUGCUCACAAAACUUGUUGGCACACGACAUUCACCCAAAUUGUAUGCGUCCGGUUGGCUCAACAACUACAACUUUAUAGUAAUGCAAAUGCUUGGACGAAACCUUACCGAUUUACGCAAAGCGCAAACUGAACGGCGCUUCAGUGUACACACGACAGUCCGUGUUGGCAUUCAAGUCGUAGAGGCGUUGAAAUUCGUGCAUGACCUUGGAUAUCUGCACAGAGAUGUGAAACCUUCAAAUAUGUGUGUCGGCAUCGGUGAGCAUCGACGAAUCAUUUACCUCGUCGAUUUCGGGAUGACCAGGCAAUUUCGUUUGCCCAGUGGUGAUUUGAGAAAGGAACGAGCGUAUGCCGCUUUUAGAGGAACGAUGCGUUAUGUUUCGCUAGCAGUACAUGAAAGGAAAGAACAGGGACCUGUAGAUGAUCUCUGGAGUGUCUACUAUACUCUAAUCGAGUUAGCUGAGGGAUCGUUACCAUGGCGUACAAUUACAGAACAUGAUGAGAUAUUCCAGUUGAAGCGACGACUAACAUUUCGAGACCUUUGCAGGUUUGAUUUAUUAAGAAGUUUUGAUUCCAAAUUGUCCACUAUUAUGUUCCUUAAAUGUCCUUCAUUCCAGCGAUGUUGUAAAAUUGUCGAUGAAGAAGCCGACUUUGAAUGGGAUGACGAAAAUUCCACGCAGUUCCACUGA